CACAGAUCCAAAAGAGCUAGCCAGGUAUUUUGUGUGAACAGCACUGUAGUAUGUUGUUGUGAAGGCAGCACUCGCACAUCUAAUGAGAAUAAUUAAUGCACAGUGUUUCUGUUGUUAUAAGCUAAAACAGUGAGAGUUUGUGGACAUCUAUGGAAAUAGAUCCCCUCAGUGUAUACAUGUAGCAGCAUGGAGAAUCACCUCAGUUUGAUGAAGGGUCUCCGAGCAGGAGCAUGUCGUCAAACUCUGCGUGAGCAUUUGCAUGUGUGUGAAUCACAAAGAGUUGGCAUAGUUGCAAGGAAGUUUCUACAGUGCAAGAAUUUGUUGAUGCUGUUGGGAGUGAAAACAAACAACCAGAGCCUUGUUGUGCAGCACAUCGAAGCAUCAUAGACUAAAAAGCAUGACUUAGCAUGUUCACCUUCUUACAGUGAUGUACAUCAGUGUACAUCAUGGAAGAACUAAAUUCUGAACCCCGCCCCUAUCACUUUGACUCUUCCCAUGGUUAUGUAUCUUCUCUAUCUCUGGUACCCCACUUUUUGCCUCCCCAGGGUAAUAUCAGACAGCUGGAUGAUGAAGUCUGGGCACUCUUCUCUAACUUCUCCAAUGGACAAGCUGGUUCACCUCGAUUCGUUCCCUCCUCUAAAUCCUCCUCCUCAUUCUCUUCCUCUUCUUCUUCUCUGGUCCCAACAUCUUCCUCCUCUCGAUGGUCUUUACGUAAUCUGAGCCCUCCGUCUCCUCCGUCUGGUAUCACCUCUUCUGUUAAACCAACCAGACCCCAACACUAUUCCCCAGGCCGUGCUCCUCGUCUGCAGAGCAAGAACACAGUGAGCAAGACUUCUGCUAGUGCUUCUGGGGACAGCAAGUAUGCUCUGGUCUACAAAGGUUUCAGCUUGCACCAGGAUGAUCUGCUCUACUGGCAGCUCCCAGCGCAGUUCAAAGGGGAUAAGGUAACAGUGAAAACAUUGGGGGGACGCCCCCUCCCUACCUCGGGUCAACCCUUCGAGGUCACAGAAAAUACAGCACCUUUAGUAUGCCUCAGCCUUCUCACUGCCCUUCAGCCCUCAUCCUCAUACUCCCUUCUACCCAGUCCCUCAGAUGUCCACACUCCCUAUGCCCAUUAACUUUGUCCCAGCCAUCCCUCCAAGUGACCACUUGUAAGAGAGACUUGUGCCAUGUACCAUGACAAGUAUAUUUUUUUGUUUAUAAUCAACACACACUCCAUCUGUUACAUACAAUUAGAAAACUAGA